ACACUACAACAACAUCCAAUCAUCGCAUCGUUUGUAAAGAAAGCUAUUUAUAACCCAGAAAGUCGAUACUAUGUUUGUGGUUUGGACGAUUUUCGUCAAAUUCUCCCCUGUAGAUUGAAUGGCACGCUCCAUUCAGACGAGAUUGAGUCAGUCAACUGCGUUUAGUACAAGCGGACGGUACCGGUCCAGACCAGGACGACAAGACCGUACGAUUCCCCAGUUUACAAAGAAAUACGAAGUGAUUUUUGCUCUACUAUUCCGCCAUCAGCAAGACAAGCUCAAGAUUGCCAAGAUCCAGAUCAUUCUUCUGUAGUCUUCACCACCAAGUCAAAAGCAUGGACCUCUGAGGACAAACGCCACUCAAGCCAAGGAGAACCCCAGUUUAAGAUGGUAGAAGAAGGAUGGGUCCUACCAAACAACAUGACAAACUCUUCAGUUUCUCUCUGGAGACUUGCGACAACCACUCUCCCAGAAAACACUUCCAACCGCUUUCUAGAGAACUCUACAACAAACGAACUGUCGUGGACUCUCUCCCCCUCACUAGAUGACUCAGGAAACUCAAUCUACACUACUGACUACGUUGCAGGGCAAACCAGUGCAAUAAUUCUGAUAUUUCUAGCGUCUUGUGUCGGGAACUUUCUUGUGGCCUUUACGUUAUGGAGGAAAGCGUAUCUACUGACUGUCAGCAAUAAGUUCGUCUUCAGUCUCACCGUGUCAAACUUUUUGCUGUCUUUGUUGGUGUUCCCGUUCUGUGCGGCCAGUGCUGUGCUCAGGAGAUGGAUAUUUGGGGUGAUCUGGUGCAAUUUUACCGGUUUCGUCACCGUGUUGGUCAGUUCUGCCAGCCUGCUGACACUCGGCAUCAUCGCCAUAGACAGAUAUUACGCCAUAGUCCGGCCCAUGAUGUACCCUGACAUCAUCACGCCCCAGCGCGGGUACCAGCUGCUGUUCUACAUCUGGCUGCACGCUACUGUCAUCGCUCUACCUCCGCUGUUCGGCUGGGGCAAGUACCAGUUCCAGGAGUCCAAAGCGAGCUGUGCCGUACAGUGGGACAGAAGCUUGUCUUACUCCAUCGUCUGGACCACCUCAUGUUUCGUCGCACCUCUACUCGAAAUGUUGUUCUGUUACUGGCACAUUCUCAAAGUAGCCCGGACAAAGUCACGCAAAAUACACGUAGGAAACCGCGGUUUAGACACAGACUCUCCCGACUCUGGUCUACAGUGUCCCCUCUACGUAAAGACUGGUAAACAAUGGAAAGCCGCGAGAACUUUAGUGUUCGUGUUAGGCUCGUUUAUCAUUCCGUGGGCUCCUUACGCCACCUGUCUGAUGUACCAGGCAGUGCAGGGUUCCGCUAGUCUGUUGCCAUGGAUACAGAGCGUGGUUGUUUGCCUGUCGUUCUGUGGGAGUGUGUGUCACCCGCUGAUGUACGGGGUGUGGAACCGCACCGUGCGGAAGGAGCUGGUACUGCUGCUAUGUGGGGACGACAGGCUGUACGGACGCAGGGGAUGGAGAGGUGGCCUAGGCCGAAGGGGUCGGCGAGAGUCCCGGACCCGUGCCCUCAGCAUCUCCGUCCGUAUCACAGACCUGGGGAUGUCUCACCAGCUGAUAGCUGCCAUGGCCCUACGUACCGAGACCUACAGCACCGCUUCUGGUGCAGACAACACCGGCAGACGGACCAGUAUUCAUAGUGACGACUCUGGCACUACACUGAUGACGUUGGAAGAUUCCAUUAGUUACGGAUCACCGCCUCCCACGGAUGCGUCACUUCCGGUAACCCCUCCGAUCGUGACGUCACUACCAUCAACCCCUUCGAACGUGACGUUACUUCCGAACGGUUCGUCUGACCAUGCCGCUGUUCCGUUAUCAAACGGCCACCCCCCUGGUACGAACGAGGACAUGUAUCCGUUACCUUUGGAAAAGGCCAUUCAAAGGGGGCGAAGACUAAGUAACACACUCAUCAAAGCUUCGCAAAGACCUUCUCUUGAGAGCAUCGACGAGGGGUUAUGCAACGCCUCCUGUCUGGACGGACACUAACUGCAGUAUUAUCUAAGUUGUGGAAGAAAACUGAAAGAAGAGUUUUUCUCUUUCAAGUUCAGGUGCUAUUGGAGUGAUUUAAUGUUAUUCACUACAAAAGAAGUACCCAUUCGUAGUGUGAUUGUAUGUUGCAUAAAGUGAAAGUAGGUAUUUACCUUCAAGACGCACCAGAAAAAAA